AUGGUAAUGACAAAAUUUAGUGAACCCUCAUCUCCAAAUCCAAAUGAUGAAAUCGGUGAUAAUCAUAAUGAUAAUUAUAUAAAUGGAACUAAUGAAGAUAUCAUAGAUUCAACAGUUAUACCUGUUGGUUAUGCUUUGCUGGGCAGUGAAAUUGUACACAUGGCAGACGAUAACAUUGAAGAUAAUAAUAAUGAUAGUGAGAUAAAUGAUUUGUCAGAUAGUGAAAAUGAUGAAAUUGAAAAUAACAUUGUAAUCAGUCAGCAUUUAUCAAAUUUCCAAUCCAUUGGAUCUGAUAAUUAUAAUGGUGAUGAUAAUAAUAAUAAUGAUCAUAACAGUGAUCCAGUCAAUUUACAAGUCGAUGUAGAUAAUCUUCUGAAUCGACAUUUGAGUCGAACUGAAUUUGAACCACGGGGAGCAUUUACAGCUUCCAAUUUGUAUACUGAUACAAUUGAUGAUUCAUCUCAUAUAGAAUUGUGGAAUCAGAACACACCGGCAUCCACGUCUCAAAUUACAAUUACUCCUGACAAAGCUGAUAAAAUUAAAAUGUACAUGUCCAAUUUUCAUUUACCUAUCUCUCAAUAUCCUAUAUGGGCUACACAAAUACCAGAAGAAUUAUGGAAAUCUAAACUUUUGGAAAAGAUUCAACAUAAUUAUAAACCAUGA